UGCUCCGCACAACCUCACCCACUCUUCUUGUAUUCACCUCUGGGUUCAUUUGCAUUUUAUCUCGAUCCCAGCGGGAAUUCCCUCCAAUCUAUUCCUGGAAAACAACAUAGACAUCUAACCCCAACCCCGCGCAACCCCUCCUCAGACUAUCCAACUACCUACAGCUUCCAAGCUACAAACUCAACCACAAUGUCCACCUACGAAGUGGAACACAACACAACGGACCCCUCCACCAACCCCUCCAACCCCUCAAACAACAACACAACAACCCAGCGCCCCCGCCGCCCCGACCUCUCGACCUUCUUCGCAACCCUCUCGGAAAUCAGCCCCGAUGAAGCCAGCACAAACAACCACCGGCACCGUCCGCACGCCGUCCCAGUGCCCCGCGACAUAAGCGCAGCCUUCUACACGCUGGCCGAAGCGCUGAACGUGAUGCGGCGCGAGGGGGGCGGGGGUGGUGGUAUCGCGGCGGCGGCGGCAGGGGGGAUCCCGAGUUUCGGGCCCGAGGACACGGCCGCCACCGACGGGAACGGGAACGAGCUGCUGACGGAGAUGAUUCAGUCGUUGUUGCGGUCGGCGGAGGUGCCGCCUAAGGAGGUGGAGGGGGUUAGUGAGGGGUUUUGUGAUUUGCUGGACCGGGUGCCGAAGUCGGCGCUAAACAGCUCGCAGGUCUGCCCGAUCUGCAAUAACCCGUUCCUGGAGGACCCGUACCCGCUUGUUGUGCGGCUGCCGUGUCAUUCGACGCAUUUGUUUGAUUUGGAGUGCGUGCGGCCGUGGCUGAGGCUGCGGGGAACUUGUCCGUUGGAUCGGACGGAUUUUGCGAAGCAGGAGAGAGAGAAGGAGGAGGCGAGACGGAAGCCUGUUGUUGAUGAUGAGGAGGAAGAGGAGUGGGAUGGGAUGUAUGGUUAGUUCUUGUUGUUGGUCGCAUACGGGUAGGUGGUUGGAUGGGGAGUUGGGAAGAAGGGUCCGGGGUUCUCACCGACGCUUAUCUUUUCUAAGGGUUGAGGGGGCCAGGAAGCUGAAGGGAAGGGGGGUCCCGGGAGUUCUCCCCCAGGAUGUUUAUAUCUUGUCUAAGGAUUGAGGUGCUUGGGAAGCUGAAAGAAAGGGGGGUCCGGGGGUUCUCCCCCGGGACGCUUAUUUGUAUAUGUGAGUGGGUGUUUGUCAGUUAUAUUCAUGGGGGUUUGUGUGGAACUGGUGUUGUGCAGG